UCCGCCACUGGAAGGAAGGGAAUGGGAGUAAUUCUGGAGAGUUGACAGUGGUCUUAUCAGCGAAUACAAACGGAGUGACUUCAAAUUAGCUUCACGGCUAAACGUGCAGCAUUAGCAGCGAAAUUAGCAGGCCGAGCAACGAGCAACACGCCUUUAGCUCGUCUCCACACAAACCCCAAAUGGACACUGUUCAGAGAAUGGUGUCUGGAUUUUCUCUGGACCUGGGACCACUGAAGGAACCUCUUGGGUUUAUUCGUGUACUGGAGUGGGUCUUCACCAUCUUUGCGUUCGCCACCACAGGAGGUUACACUGGGACGACCCACUUCACCGCCAAAUGCUCAGAAACCGACACUAAGGAUGUCAGUCCUGAGUUUGCCUACCCGUUCAGGUUGGCAGCGUAUCCUUAUAAGAUACCAUCGUGUAACGGGACAGCGCCCAACAACACCUACCUGCAGGGCGACUUCUCCUCCUCGGCCCAGUUCUUCGUGUGCGUCGGUGUGUUUGGGUUCCUUUACUGCACCGCCACCCUGAUCCUGUACCUGGGCUACCAGAGCGUGUACCGCCAGACCACCCGCGGCCCCAUCGUAGACCUGGUGGUGACUGCUGCCUUCGCCUUCCUGUGGCUUGUGUCCUCGUCAGCUUGGGGCAAAGGUCUCACCGAUGUAAAAUGGGCGACUAACCCCGACCACCUGGUGGAGUUAUGCAAGGACAUAUGUACGGCAGGAGAGUUUCCUGCCAUGGGUCGCCUCAACGCCUCCGUGACGUUCGGCUUUUUGAACUUGAUCCUGUGGGCUGGAAACUGCUGGUUCAUUUACAAGGAGACGCCUUUCCACAAAGAUCCCAACCCGCCGGCAACACCGGAGAUAAGCGGCGUCCCGGGGCCGUAACCGCGUCGUUUAAAUCCACGACAAAGCAAAGCCAUUUACCCCGUCAACGAAUGCUUUACGCCCCCAAAAAAACAGCCCCUCAUCCGAAACCUGACGCAAAGGAAAUAAAAAGGAAUUCAACUGCAUAAACAGCCCCUGAAAAUAAUCCCCAGUCGCUUCAUGAGCUACACCUCCAAGUUUCUUUCGCCCACUCAGUGUGCCUUAAAAUCAAAAGCACUAAAGUUCUGAAUCAAACACUAAUGUGUUUACACUACGUUCAAUAAAAUUUGCAAUGAAUACAGUCGUGACGUUAAACCUUCAGCUGUUAUACAUGUGGUGCUCGGAGGAGUCGGCCUGCAGCGCGUUAGCUUCCACGUUAGCUUCCACGUUAGCGCCUUGUCCUCCCUUUAUGUGUGAGGAGGUGGUUUUAGUGCUGCCUAAGAGAGAAAGACACAAGUUCAACCGAAAUCAACGCAGCCCUCACGUCUAGAAAUCUGAAAAGCAGAUAUUCGGCAAAUGAUUUAUAUGACACUAAAGGAAAGUCACACUAUCGUCUCCUGUGCUUUAUAUUUUUGGACGUGUUUCAGGUUGUGACGGCUCGUAUUUGCAGCCUGUAUCUGUGCCGGGGUUAGCGCUCUCUGCAGGUUUGCUCUGGCUGUUGCACAUAAACCUCACAACGCUUUAGUCCCUCUUUAACGUUUCAGGCCGCUCAGUAACACUAAGACUUUUGGAACUUGCAGUGACAUUAUUUAUAUGCACCUCAUGUCUAUUUAUAUCAACUUCAAUUGGUCUGUUAGUUUUUUUUUUUUUGUUGUUGUUGUUUUUUUGGGGGGGGGUGGGAGAGGGUUAAGUCAUCAUUUUAAAAAAAAACAACAACAUUGGAGUUGUGUGUUUCCCACUUUCAGUGUGCAGCUUCUCAUUGAUUUGUUGUUUGUUGUUUUCUAUUAAACAGACUCUACCACCGAGUGGCUUUGCGCUUAAUCUUCAGUAGCCGAAACGGAUUGUGCGUGUUUCUUCUUUAGACGUCCUGCUCUGCAUGCAGCUUGGCAGUGAACACUACACACGUUUAUUAUUUUUUAUUUUUUUUUUUUUAUUUUAAUGUUAAUCUCCUACAGCCGUUCUGGACGUUUGUCUGCACGUGAUCCGUUUGCGUUGCACUACGAUGCACUUCUAAAGAUCUCCAUGCAGAAACUGCAUUAAUAGAUUUUUUUGGGGGGGGUUUUUUUCUGCCUGUAGGGAAUAAAUGUCUGUUUGUGUCAUCACAGUGGAAAGAAGUAGAUCUGUAACACUUUUCUGAAAUUAAACACGUUGUGUGAGAUCAGUUUUAAAGAAUGAAUCUCUGAGUAGUUUGAACACAUGUUGUGUAGAAUGUUUCUGCGAUGAGUUAUUAACGUUGCCCGUUGUGUAUUUUAUGCCUUUGUUUCGUGCACAAAUGAAACCAGUUAAUCUGUAUUGAAAUGUGUAAACAUGAGAGCUGCAACUGCUGGA